AUGGAGAUGGGAUUCCUCCGCAACCGCGUGGAACUCGCAUCGACGCACCACAGCGGCGACGCACAGAAGGCUGCUGAACCUCUCUUGCAGGGCAGUGUUGGGAAGCACGUCCACGAGACUCCUCCCCCCAUGGCGUCAACGGCAAAUGAACUUCUCUCGACCCCGAGGUGCAGCAGCUCGUUAGGCAUGGCGUCACAAGGACCACUGCAAGGCAGUUACUUUGCAAGACAAGAGGAAAUGUUGACGGGGCCGUCCGACGGGUUUUCCCUCCUGUUUCAUUACGACGGUCAUGCACGCUCCCCUCCAUCUUUUUCCAUUCCUCAACCUGCUUUUAUGUUUGUUUUUACACCUUAG